GCAGUUUGACUUAGUUUCUCUCUGUGAUUUGAUUUAUUUGUUUUGCUUGGUGUAUUUUCCGUUUUGUUGAAUUAUUUCAGAGACGCUUCUUUUAUUUUGUACUAUAAUAUAACCUAUAUCAACAUCAUUUAUAUUUAAUACAAAAAAUUUUGGAAAAAUCUUUAAAGACAAUGACUGAAGUUCAGUUGCAGGAGUUUAAACUAGACCCUGAUUCAGAAUUACGCUUUGAAGUUGAAUCAAAGAAUGAAAAAGUUGUUUUAGAGAUUAAAAAUGGUUAUGCGGAAUUAUUUGGCACCGAAUUGGUGAAAGGGAAGCCCUAUGAGUUCCAUACGGGAGCUAAAGUGGCAGUGUUCACGUGGCACGGCUGCACAGUUGAGUUGCGAGGUCGCACCGAAGUCAGCUAUAUUGCUAAAGAGACUCCUAUGGUUAUUUAUUUAAACGUACAUGCCGCACUUGAACAACAGAGGGUGGCGGCAGAACAGGGCAACACCAGAGGACCCGUUGCCAUGGUCGUGGGGCCCAGUGACGUGGGCAAGUCUACAUUGACAAGGUUACUGCUGAACUAUGCGGUUAGGAUGGGUCGGAGACCGAUAUAUGUUGAUCUGGAUGUUGGGCAGGGCCAGAUUAGCGUUCCUGGGACUAUUGGAGCCCUGCUAGUAGAGAGACCUGCUUCCAUAGAGGAAGGCUUCAGCCAACAAGCGCCGUUGGUGUAUCACUUCGGCCACAGUUCCCCCAGUGAAAACCUCGAGCUGUACAACACCAUCGUCUCUAGGCUGGCCGAAGUCAUUGCGGAGAGGUGUGAGAAUAAUAAAAAAGCAUCCACAUCAGGCGUCAUCAUAAACACAUGUGGUUGGAUAAAAAAUGCAGGGUACAAAGUGCUGACACACGCAGCGCAGGCUUUCGAGGUGGAUGUGAUAUUAGUGUUGGACAAUGAAAGGUUGUACAAUGAACUGAAGAGGGACAUGCCGAAAUUCGUCAAAGUUGUAUACUUGCCGAAAAGCGGAGGGGUGGUAGAGAGAUCGUCGAAUCAACGCGCCGAAGUGCGGGACGCACGCAUUCGCGAGUACUUCUACGGCAAGCGGACGCCGUACUACCCGCAUUCCUUCGACGUCAAGUUUACUGACCUCAAGAUAUACAAGGUGGGCGCGCCGUCGCUGCCCGACUCGUGCAUGCCGCUGGGCAUGCGCGCGGAGGACGCGCUCACCAAGCUGGUGCCGGCGGCCGCGUCGCCCGCGCUGGCGCACCGCCUGCUGGCGGUCUCGUUCGCGGCCGCGCCCACCGACGACGUUCUACAUUCGAAUUUGGCUGGAUUCGUGUGCGUGACGGCGGUAGACAUGGAGCGUCAAACGCUCACGAUACUGUCUCCGCAGCCGCGGCCUCUACCAAACACAGUGCUUCUUUUGUCAGAACUGCAAUAUAUGGAUAACCACUAGACGAUGUUCCUCUGUUGUCUGGUUUAACGAUAUGUUGUGGAGUCUUCACACUAUUCUAGACAAUGUUCCUCUUUUGUCCGGUCAAACGACAUUUUUUGGAGUCUUCACACUAUUCCGACGUUGAACUUGAAGUUCGUAUAUAAUACAAUAAGCUCUAUGUUGCGCUAUAAUAAAUUGCAGCAAAUUCAAAUUUAUGUGUAUAUGCAACGAAAAGCUAUUAUGUUAUCGAUAUUUUUUUUUGUAUUCUGGGCUAAAUUAUUAUUUUGUACUUUUGUUGUCACCUAUGAAACAUCAAGUGAUGCUUACAUUUAGCAAUGAUUAUAAUUUGGUAAAAGAUAAUGAUUUAUGAACACCCAGAAUUGCGUAGAGUGAAGAUUUCCAAACCUCUUCAAUAAAAGUGAUCUGUAAAUAUAGCUAAAUUAUUGUGUAAAUAAAUGCA